AUCAGUCGUCUUGCGUAUCACAAAAAACGCUGAAUGGUUCCCAACAAAUUUGUGAUUGAAAGGUGGAAGUUGCCUGUCCUAAGUCCAAACCUACCCAAAAUUUGCAACGUCAGCAUUAGCCCAGAAAAUCCAUUGAAAGCCCGUGUCCAGGCCAGAAAAUUGAAUUGCGAAGCGGCUAUCCUUGUGGGGAACACAUAAAAACGGAACAGAGGGACCCAUUCCCGUAGAAAACGAGUUUUCCCAGGCUCUGAGCGGCGAUAAAUCCGUCUUCAGGGAAAACGAAAGUAGAUUGGAUUCCUUGUUGGGGUAUUCAAGCGCGUGAGCCGUGCUUAAAUCGCGCGUAAAGCUGCACAUUUCCAGAGAAAGAAGGGCUUUUGCAGCUAUGGCGGGUGUGGAAGUUGAGCUUACCUCCGGGGCGAGUGGCCGCAUAAUUCCCAUUUUCAGAAGCGUGCGCCAGGCGUUGAGGAAUUUGCUGGUUUUUGUGCAGACGGCUUUCCUGUGGAUUGCUCUGCUGUUUCGACACAGGCCUCGGCGGGUAUUUUCGUCCGACACGGUUGUUCAGGCGAAGAGAAAACGCAGGGCGAAUCGGGAGGAGGAGGACGCGCUUGCCAGAAGAGCGCUGGCCCAUGCUUUUGGGCGUGAUGGUUGUGAGGAUGAUUUCUCCGAGCAUUUGUUCGUCAAUUCGCGAAGAAAAGUUCUGUUCACGCGCUCCUGGACCCCUGUUUCAGAGAACAUGAAGGGUCUUCUAGUCCUUUUGCAUGGCCUUAAUGAACACAGUGGAAGAUAUGAACAUUUUGCAAAGCAACUAAUCUCACAUAGAUAUGGAGUUUAUGCAAUGGACUGGAUUGGUCAUGGUGGGAGUGAUGGGUUACAUGGAUAUGUGCCUUCGCUUGACCACGUUGUUGCAGACACGAAAGCUUUUCUUGAAAAAGUCAGAUUAGAGAACCCAGGUGUUCCUUGCUUUUUGUUUGGACAUUCAACAGGUGGAGCAGUUGUUUUGAAGGCUGCUUUGCACCCAGAUGUGGAGGUGAUGCUAGAGGGUGUGAUUUUAACUUCUCCAGCAUUGCGUGUCAGGCCCACACAUCCAAUUUUUGGGGCAUUAGCUCCAGUUUUCUCUCUUCUUUUACCAAAGUUCCAGUUUAGUGGUGCGAAUAAGAGGGGAAUACCAGUGUCUAGGGAUCCUGCAGCACUUGUUGCCAAGUAUUCUGAUCCAUUAGUAUACACUGGACCAAUAAGGAUUCGUACUGGUUCUGAGAUACUCCGCAUCACCUCUUACCUACAGCGCAACUUGAAAAAGAUAACAGUUCCAUUUUUAGUGCUCCAUGGAAUGGCUGAUAGGGUAACAGAUCCAUGUGCAUCUCUAGAGUUGUACAAUCAAGCAGCUUCAAAACAUAAAUCAAUAAAGCUUUAUGAGGGUUUUCUACAUGACUUGCUGUUUGAGCCAGAGCGGGAUGAUGUUGCAGCCGAUAUCAUCAACUGGAUGGAUAGUAAAUUGCAAUGCUAGAUUGCUUGCUGUCAAUAUUUCUGAAGACAUUGGCAAAAAUUGUCCAAUUCUAUGUUGGUGCUGAAUUUAUUUGUAUUCAUCUUGACCUAAUUUUCACUAGGAAUUGUCGUGCAGCAUCGACAUCAUCUUCUGAACUCUUACAAUCUGCUGCUCAGAGAACCUGCUGCUACCUGGGUUCUGUAGUCUGGGCAUGCAUUAGAAUUUCUAAAUUCUUGGAAUGACUACAUAUGUAAUUAAUUAUAGAUUUUGCAUUUAUUACUUUGAUUGAAGGUGUUAGUUUACAAACAAAGACAUGAGGGCCUUCACUUAAAGUCUUAUACAGGGUAUAUAUUUAGAGAGGUAUUUUAGUCUUCUCAUCUCUUACUUCGGCAUAUAUAAAGUUGCCUGGAGGAAAUGUAAGCUUUUUGGGGAUUUCUGAAACUCGAGGGCAAGUUAUGUUGUAAUGGAAUCACAACUGGCUCAUGUUGAGGCAUAGAGACAUCAAAGCAAGCUCAACUGAAUAUUCUCCAGCAUUUGUCAGAGAGAUUGAGGUUUGGGGACAAUAUUUUAGAAAUAUCCCUUAUAAUUCAAGCAUGUUAUGACACAUAGUUCUGAAAUUAUAAACAAUUAUUAGAAGUUUGUCUUUCA